UUAAUGGUCGCUAAGUUAGUUCUGAGUGACGUUGGUAGUAUCAGCUACUGAGCUCGAGGUUCGAUCUCGUUGGCUCUUUUGCCCCGUUUUAGGGUCCAGUCAAGGGACGAUCUGAAGGUGUAUCAUCACUCUUCAUCAUAUGAUUGUUAACAAACUGUUAUCGAUUCUCUUCUUUUGCUAUAAAACCAUCCAAUCCUCUAAGCUAGCAUCACCAUGUGGCCAUGGAACAAGUCUCUUCCAUAGUGGAGAAUGCAACAGAUGACAUCGUUCAAUAUAGGGAGCUCUAUGAUGACUAUCAAAUAUUCACAGCCCAUGACUCAGAUUUAAACCUUCCAGGUUCUGGACUGCAUUCUGGGACUUCCACAAGUGGGUCCCUUUCUGAGCUGGAUUUAUCUCUCCCAUCGACAGAUCUGGACUUAGAGACCCGAAUUUUUGGAAAGGUGAAGAAAGCUGGACAGACUGGUGUGCCCCAGAAGCGGAAUAGCUUAGGGUCAUCAGGAUCCUUUGUGCAAGAACCGAGAACCACAGGAAGAGCCUCAAGACGUUCCCUUCGUAUGGGCGAAUCUGAUCCUGAGGAUCAUGUUUUUCAUCCAGAGAUAGUACCCUUUGAACCAUCAAAGAAUCCUGUCACAAAUAGCUCAAAAGAUCCAAGGAACUUCUUAGAAUCUAAGGCAGAAAAUAACUCUACCAAGUCGGACCCCAAUUCUGCAAGAUACCUGAAGAUUCUGAUUCCGCAGAGGGACUUGCCCACUGCUGAAGGGCCUUCUGUUGAGACCUCUGUUAACCUAUUUGAAUCACUAAACAUAUCUGCUGCUGAACGGCUUCUCUUAGAGAGCCCAACAGACUCUCCAUCACAUUUUAAGCAGGCACAGCUUUGCCUGGACCCUGCAGACUCAGAAGUAGAAGGAUCCUUUGUUGGACAGGAUAGGGAUAACACAUUCUUAUCGAGCACUCCAAGAAAACAGGACUUCACUCCAUAUCCCAACCAAGCUCUCCAGAAAUCAGGCUCAAGAUCAUCUCAGGAUAUUAAAACAGAAAUAUUUGAUUUUGAAGCAGAGUUGAAGAGACUUGUUGUGGAGAUUUAUUCAGACAAGGAGCCAGACUUUGCACCUGUUCCAGGAUCUUUAAGCAGUAGGGAGGGCAUACAUUCAACUGAUCCCAAAAUGAGCCAGGCUAGGACAGAACUGGAGAAAGCAUUUGGUGGAGGUGAUGAAUUUAUAACUCCAUAUCAGAAAACCCAAGACACUCCAAAGAUGUCUGAGGACACUAUUAGCCAACUGGCCAAUACAUCAGACGCCAUGGCCCUUCAGAAGUCAGUAGUCAGUGAUUCAUCUGUGAAACCAGCCAGCAUGGACGAGAUAGCUGCCAUCUUAGCAUCUGUCAAGCAAGGUGCAUAUCAAAGGGACCAAUCACUAAGCAGCGUCAAUACAACCCUCCAAUCGUCAUACAAUAACAAUCUAUCUAUUGAUGAUGAUGAUACCCCAUAUGAAAAGGUACAUAGCUACAAUUCAAUGUCCUCACUGGAUGAAACUCCAUCAAAAAUACCUGCAGACUAUGUGGAGCCUGAGGUUACCCCUACUGAAGUUAAUGGAAUAGACCCAUCAAUAGAACCUGCUCUCACUCAAACAGGCAAAGGAGGUGAGAAUACUUCAUCUGGAGGGGAUGCAGCCCCCAAUCAUCUUGAGGGACCACAACAACCAGAAACCCAAGAGAAGAAGGUUGUGACAACAAAGAAGAGACCAACUUCCCUCUUAGCUCAGAAUACCACCCUGGCCAUAAGCAGUGCAAUAGCUCACAAGUACAAAGUCCCCCCUCCUGACGAAGCAUUAUCACCUACCAGCAUGGCAGCACCAAAGGAACCAAGGCUCUUCAGGAGCCCAGUGGCGGCCAUCACCACUGCAAAAGGAGGGAUGAUCGCCACCAUGGAGGGACUUGAGAAGACAAAACCAAAGAAGAAGAAAACCAAGAAGGGUACCAAGAAGAAUGCAUUAAGCACAAGGAUAAUGUCAGACACUGAUACAGAGCCACCGAGUGAUACUGAACUGAUGGCUCAAAGACAGGCUGAGAAUGAUAGUAAAAUCACACCUACUCCAUCUGAAGAUUCUAUGAGUGCCAAAGAUCAAGUUGCAACCAGCAAACCCUCCCCGCCUUCUCAGGACAACCAACAGAAUCAACAAGAAGAGAAAGAACCGACAAGAGAGAGCCAAAAUGUGCCUCCUGCUGAAUCCCAGGUAAUACCCAAUGAACAGCAAACAGUCACAACCUCUGCCCCAGAAAACACACAUGUGCCUGAGCAAGUGCCAGCUUCCGCUCCAGACUCAGCUCCCACCCAACCAACCUCAGAGCCUUCAUCUGGAUCCUUCCUUGGAUCCCUGUUCCCAUGGGGUAGAAGGUCUGCUGAUAAGCCAGCUGCACCGGUCAAUGAGAAAGUUACUGAUGUAGUAUCAUCAGCCAAUCAGAAUGCAGCCUCCCCUCCAUCAACUAAUCAUGGAGAGCAAUCGAGGGACAGUGCUAAGAACGUCAGCGCUCUGGAUUCAGAUAUGCAUAGUGACAGCGUUGAUUCUGGCGUGGGCUUUGUUGGUGGAGUGAAUGGAGAUCUUGGGACACCUACAGCCCAUGUCCAGACACCACAACCUAUUUCUUCUUCUACUCCCACCUCUACCAAUAUCAGGAAAGAAAGACCCAAUGAGAUCAUACCUAGGCAAGAGACCCCACAGUUUAAUCAGGCAUCUCCUACUGUUGACCAACUCCAGCAAGCUUCUUCCAGCAGGCAUUCCCAGCUACCAGCACCAUCCCUUGUGACCAGUCAGGCUAGGCCAGUAGACCUGGGGAGGUUGAAGUCAACACCCUUACCAAGAGCCUCUACUUACCAGACUUCAAGGUAUUCUUCUCCCUUUGAGGAUCAAGGAGCAGAAGAUGAAUUGCAGACUGUCCUAAGAGAGAAGGCCAAACUUGAAGGACAGUUGGAGAUGCUGACAGCAGAGACCGAGUCAGCCCUGCAGGCCAGGACGCAGCUACAGAGCCAGGUUGCCAUUUUACAAGCAAAGCUCAAGGCCCAGGGAUCAGGAGGAGAUAGCUCCAGUCACAACCGCUCUGCCCUUGAGGCUGACAUCCGUUCCCUGAAGCAGAACAAAUCUGACCUGGAGCAAGCCAUAGCACAGCUCCAGGUGGAGCUAGAACACAAGGAGGCUGAUCUAGAGGGUCUGCGUAGGGAGCUCCAUACGUCGGAGGCAACCACCCAGAGACUGAGGAGUAAGCUGGAAGAUGUCAAGAGGGAGAUUGCAGGAAAGGAUGCUUCUGUUUCUCAACUCCAGGACAAAAUGGCUGCCAUGCAAGGACAGGUGGACCAAGCAAGACAGGACCAGGUCAUGGCUGGGGCCAAGCUUUCCUCCUUACAGACAGAUGUUGAGUCUCUGACCAAGGCUAGGGACUGGUUCCAGGAACAGCUUGGCUUUGCUCAGGAGACCAGAAACCAAUUACAAGGAGAGCUAGCAGCUUCCCAGAUGACUGUUGCCUCGCAGUCUGCGACUAUUGAGAACCUCAGGACUGAUAACACAAAGGUGAAGCAACAACUGAAUGAGGAAAGACAGCGCAUGUUGCAGGAGAAAGAACAAAUUGCCAAGAACCUUGAGACCAUUGAAGCUGAUAUCUUCACCAGAGAAGCCACUUUCUCAGCUAUGCAGAGGGAGAAGACUGCUGUCCAACAGGCAGUAUUUGCUCAGAUGGACCAGAUGGAAGAAGAGAAAUACAGAUUGGCAGGGCUGGUAGCAUCAGCAUCUGAGUUAGAAAGGCAACUGGAGGUCGCUCGACAGGAGCUAGAAGCCAAACAUGCAGCCCUUGUGAAUCUAGAGGCAGAGAAGAGAGAAUUGGUGAAGGGGGUAGCCCUUGCUGAGGAGGCACUGGCAGCUCGAGAAACUGAAAUGCAAGCCUUACAAAUAAAGUGCAAUAAUGUGGAGCAGAAACUAAAGGAAGAGCAAGGCAAGUCAACAGGACAGGAUGAUGAGGUUCGCCAACUCAGAGCAGACAAAGCUUCUUUAGAGGUAGCUUUAGCAAGUGCCAAUGAAGAGAAACGCACAUUUGAUGACUCCCUACAGAAGCUACGGGGAGACCUUGGUCGGGUGGAGACAGGAUUUAAGCAGAUGCGACAAGACCUUGGUGCAAAGACAUCUGAGUUGGAGGCUGCUCAGAUGGAAGGACAGCAAUUGAAAGAACAGCUUAAGGUCCAGGAACAACAAGUGGAGACCCAGGAGGCUAACCUAGAGGCAUCCAUUGCAGCCAUCGGCAACAAAGAUGCCAUCAUAGAUGAGCUUCUUGAAGCCAAGGGAAAGCUGGAGAAGGAAAUUGAGGGGUUAAGGCGGGACAUGCAGAGUACACGCAACUUCCAAGAGUCAUCAGCACAAGCAAAUGCUGGCCUACAGGUUGAACUGUCCAAAGCCAGGGAAGGAUUCCAGAUGUUGGAGAAUCAACUCCAGAAUGCCUUAGAAGAGAACGCCAACCUCCAUGGCCAGCUGGAGUCUCUCACUGAGGAUCAAAAGCAGCUGGAAGGCCUCAUGGAUGAGAAUGCUGCACUUCGCCAGAGAGCUGCUGACACCCAGAGCUCCAUGCAUCGUGACUUGGCAGAGCAGAAGGCCAAUGUGCUGCGGCUUGGGACUGACCUAAGUAAUGUCCAAAAGGAACUGAGGGAGAAAGAGCGUGCUUAUGAAGAUCAUAUAGCAGCUCUCACCAGUCAACUGCAGGAUACAUCAGUAGCUAAGGAUCAAGUUGAAAGGGAACUUAAUGAAAGAACUGCUGCUGUGGCUCAACUUAGCAAAGAAGAGCAAAAUAAACUCUUGAAUGAGUUGCAGGGUGUCAAGCAAGAUGCUGAUGUCCUUAGGUCAGAGAAGAACCGGCUCAAUGAUGAAGUCCAGCAUCUGAGAAGAAACAUGGAAGAUGAUACUGAAGCAUACAGGAGGAGGAUAGAUGACUUAGAGGCAGAGCUGCAGGAGUUGAAGGAUAUCUUAGACAGACAGAGGAGAAAUGAGCUGAACAAUCGGGCCCUUGCUCUUGACUUGGAGCGAGAGAGGGGAAGGCUAGCAGGUGUGCAUCAGAGUCACUCGGCACUCAAGCAGCACACUGGAAUGCUUGAGAGCGCCCUCGCUCAACGUGAGAGUGCAGUAGCCGAGCUGUCUGCUGAGCUUACCAGCACAGCCCAAGAGAGGGCCAACGAGAACUUGAGACUCCAGAAGCUUGUCCGUGAGAUGGGUGCAGCACUGGAGAAGGAGAAACAAGCUACUCAGGAAGUUAAAAAACAGCUUUCUGGUGAGAAGGGCCAGUGCAACCGGCUCCGUCAAGACCUAGAGACAUUACAAGGUGAUGCCCAGGAGAUCCGAAGUGAAGCUAAGCAGAAGGAAGAUCAGAUUAAUGCUCUGCAAUCAGAGUUAGCAAGGCUCAGACAGAAUGAGGAGAAGCAGAGGACAGAAGGGGAAGAGAUGAGGAGACAGAUUGAGAGCAAUAAAAACCACAUGGAUAGACUAAAGAGACAUCUUCAAGAUAAGGAUGCACAGAGCCCUGUACUGGAAGAUCAGAUGAAGACAUUAGCAUGGCAGAGUGAGCAGAAGAGUAGGGAAGCUGAGGCCUUGAAAGAACAACUUUUACUAGCAGAAAAAAGACAACAAAUAGAACUGGAUGGAGUCAAGACUAAUCUACAGAUGACAAAUAAAGAGCUUGAUGGAAUGAAGAAAGAGCUAGCAUCAACAAGGAAAGAGAAGUUUGCUUUCCAAGCUAAACUGAGUCAAUUGAAAUCUGCCCUCCAGGCUACACUGCAACAGAAUAAACUUCUAAAAGCCAAAUUGAAGUCUAAGAGUAGAGUAGCUUCCACUAUGGGCAAGCCAGGGCCAGAUGGAGCUAGCCAGGGAGACGGCAAGGGUCAAGCAGAUGAGAUUGUUGUACCUGAGAUUGCUUAUGAUGUGGAAUCAUUACUCAACAGUGAUGUGGUGGAAGGGGUAUCGGCUAGUCAUAGCAGGCCCUUGCAUGCUAUCCAGUCUUGCCUUCAAUCAAUCAAGGAUCAGAUGGGUGCCUUAGAGGACCAAAUGAAGGAACAUACUGCUGCUGUGAAUACUUCAUCAGAAGCAUGGAAAGAGGUUGGUGAUCGUGUGCGUGACCUGCGGAAGGCCAGCGCUGACCCUGUGACCCCUACCCCUGGUUUGCUUCCUCGUAAUCUACCCAACGGAUCAGUUACUGCUGCCCCACCAAAAAGAAUGUCCAAUGGAAAGUCAUCUGGAUCUCCGAUAUAUGAUCUAUAAUGUGUGCCGUCUAAACCUCGAGACAAAUUUAAAAAUUCCUAGUUACAAAUUAAGAAUGGUUAUAGUUGUGUUAUGAAGAAGUGACUUAUGUAUACCAACCUAAAUGUGUAUUUUCUUCAUUUGUCCUACAAUGUAUAAAUCCUAAGUUGGACUGCUUGAUGCAUAUUAUGCUUGUUGUGAAUUAAGAAAAGUAUUUCCAACCUCAUCUUGAAUAAGAUUACUGAGCAAAGCAUAAGAACGACAUUUUUUGUAUCAUUGACUUGCCAAGUGUGCAAAUUUUUUUUAAGUAUCAAGCUUUAAAGAUGUCAAAAAAUUGUUUCAAAGCUCUGUUUCAGAGAGUAUAGCCAUUUCACACUGAUAUAAAUAGUGGUGAUAUCAGCGAGGGAAAUUAUAAUAAUAUUAAUGGGGUCUUCAUGGAUUUAAUGUAACAGUAUUUGUAUAUUUUGGAUGAGUUGAAUAUUUAUUUUUUCUAUCUGCAUGUUCAGUAAUGAUAAUCAGACAACAUGGCUGAGUAUCCAUUCAAUAGAUCUAUGAGAGAGGUACAUGUUUGUGCUUACUUUGGAAGCAGCGAUUAAUCAGGAAACUCCAUAAAUAAGAACUACAUGUAAAUAUGGGGGGGGGAUUUUCAUACAUUUUUCUUUUGAAAAUGGUCCUUUGAGCAAUUUACUUUUACCAGGAUGCCGAAAUUCAAAACACUCUCUUGAAAUUUAGAAAAGAAUCCAUUGUGUUGGUGCCCAAUUUUUGAUUGUGGGUUUAGAUUUCAUUUAUGUUUGAUAUGCUUUCUUUAGGAUCAGUCAAUGCUUUUAAGUUGAAAUAUGAUUAGUCUUUGGAUGUAUAAUCCUGGUCUUACAGUGGGCCUCAAUGUUAAUGUGUUUAUUUAUUUAUUAAUUUUUGAGCAUUUAAUUUUAGUCCAUGUAAUACAUGUCUAUGAUAACUAACAUUAUUUAAUUGUCUUCUCUAUGAAGGAAUUGUGAAUAAAGGGGCAAUGAAUGUGCCAGUAAUUGAAGUGUUCUUAAAUGCUGUAUGAAACGCCAUUGAGUGAAAAGAUAUUGAAUAUAUAUUGAUGAUAUUAUUAUUACUAGUAUUUUACAUACAUUAUUUCCUAAGUUGUAACAAUAGCUGUAUAUAAGCAAAAUUAAUAGAUUAUAUUUAUUGCAAUAAAGUGCAUAGAGAAUUAUCUUGCUUAACACAAAUACUUGUAUAUUCAUCGUAGGUGCUAUUGAACAAAAUUUAGAUUAGCAAACUGAGCAAUAUUAGUUAAAAUUUACAUCUGUAGCAUUUGAUUUUAUUGCAAUAUUGAAUUUGAUAUUGUCACUUGAUGUUAUUGUUGCUUAAUUGCUAUCUGUAUUGAGCAAUCUGCAGUGAUUUUGCUUUAUAUGAUAUUUGUGUAAGAUAUAUGAUAGGAUAUUGUUAUGGGAUAGUAAUCAUUUCCAGCAAGUCAGUGUAUUCUUGUAUCAUUUGAUUUCGUAUUGCCAAAUUCUGACCCUGUGCUUUCUUUCUGUUCCUUCUACUAUUGCAUUUACUUGUGAUAGUAAAAUAAACUUCAUUUUAUAUGUUCUUUUACAUAUAUUUUUUUGUUGUCAUCAUGCAACAUCUUUAUUAGAUUGUCCCCUGUAUUUUUACUUCAAAAUUAUUUCUAAAUAUUUUGUGACUGACUAUUCUUGAAUCCUAAAUCAUUUUAAAUUCAUUUUAUUUCCCCAUAAACAUCGCAGCCUACACUUUUGUUUUUGAUGGAGAUGACGGUUGUAUUUUAAUAUGCUGAAAUGUGGAAAUGUGAUAAAAUCACAGAUUAAGGAUGAGAUAAAAAUGUCAAAAGACUUUCAGAUAUUAAUUCUUUUUAAAAUGUGUAAAUUAUUGAUAUCUGUAUUGGGAUAGAUAUCUGAUGACUGCAGUCCCACAUAAUGAUGGUUUGUUCUUUUUAAUCUCAAAGUUUUAUAAGGUUUAUUUUAUAUCAUUGGAAACUAAUUGUUCUUCUGGAAUAAUAUCCUUUUUGUGUAAGUCGUAAGUCCCAGAGACAUUCAUCAUUUUAACAAAUAUACACCUGUAUUAUUUAAUGCUUCUUUUGUACAUGUUGGUAAUAUAAAAUUCUAGGUGUUAUUUUUACUUUCUUUACAUUAUAUCAGCUGUUAUAUUGAUAUAUUGUGCUGAACCAUAUUUGUGUAUGUUUAUCAAAGUAGGCUGUUAACUUUUAAAAUCUAGGUAUUUAUGAAUUACUUUCUUCUAUUGGCACAAUCUAUAAAUAUUUUCAAUCAAUUUUAAUGAGAAAUAUGCAUGUAUAGUACGCAAUUCAUAUCCAGGUCAAUCAUAUAUUACGAGUGAAGAAUAUUU